AUGGUUGUGGCGCAGCUGUUGGACGCGCGUGUGCAGUUUGUGCGCGCAGGAGCUCGCUCGGCACGCACUAUUUCGAAAGUGUACUUGAAUCCGAGUGACAUGGCGCAAUGUGCGCUCGAAUCCGGUGCGUAUGUGCAGCUCUAUACGUCUGCGAAGGACCGCACUGUCGUUGGAAAGCUGCUCCUCUGUGGGCUCGCGUGGCCCAUGGACAAGAUCAAGCGACGUGGCGUCGGGCUCAGCUCCAUGUGGGAAGCGACAUUUGCCGGGCAACGGAUUGAGAUUGUGACUGUGGCGACGUUGCAGGAGAACGCCAUCUUCGUCGCGAAAAGCGUCGUGCUGCAGGUGGUGAAUAGGGCGUCGACGGCUGAUCGAAAGCUCUCGGAGAAGGAACGCGCGCUAUUGACGCAGUGUGUUGCGGCAAUGAUCGAUGGAGCGCUGUUGCACCACGACGCGUUGCUUUUGCUGCCAGUCCACGGGACAAACACUGUCUUUCGUGUCGAGAUGGUGGAUGGAAAGCAGAGAGAUAGCGAGCAAUGUAUUGUGAAAGUCAUGGUAGCAAAAACAGCGUUUACAAUCAUGUGGGAUGCGCAGGAGAAGACCGAUGCAGCGCUGGAAGCACAGACAGGUGGCAGAAGAUCUGUAGACGAAACAAAAGGGGCAAAGCAGGACGGGUUUGCAGCUAUUGGUGGACUGCAAGAAGAGCUAAAAGCGGUUCGAGAAGUCGUGGAACAAUCGCUCACUCAUCCAGAGACGUUUGAGCGGUUUGGUCUGCCUGCGCCAAAAGGCGUCUUGUUGUUUGGACCGCCUGGUACAGGGAAGACGUUGAUCGCAAGGGCUCUUGCGCGGGAGCUGAAGGCGCGCGUGUUUACGAUCAACGGCCCAGAAGUUGUGAGCAAAUUCGUUGGCGAGAGUGAAGCAAACUUACGAGCGGUGUUUGCCCAGGCUGCUCGAGAGGCUCCGUCGCUCGUGUUUAUUGAUGAGUUGGAUGCUAUUUGCCCAAAGCGCGACGCGCGCGCGGGCGAUAUGGAACGACGUUUAGUGGCGACUUUACUUACCCUCAUGGACGGUCUGAGCUCCUCUCGUCAAGUCGUUGUGCUAGCUGCUACGAAUCGACCCAACGCUCUGGAUCCCGCCGUGAGAAGACCAGGCCGUUUUGAUCGCGAAGUGGAGAUUGGUAUCCCGAAAGCCAACGACCGCCUCGCGAUUCUGCGUGUAGCCCUGAGGCGGCUACCGCACAAACUGACCGAUUCGGAGCUGCAAGAGUUGAGCUCAAGCGCACAUGGGUAUGUCGGGGCUGAUCUCAGCGCUCUUUGCAAAGAAGCCGCGCUGCUAGCACUCCAUCGUGCAUAUGCGGACAGGGGUGAGUCAAGUGGCGCUAUGUUGUCCGAUAGCAAGCCCCUGCCACGCUUUGAAGUCACUCUGAGUGACCUCAAGGUCGCAAUGCAAGGGAUCCGACCAAGCGCUUUGCGGGAGAUCUCAGUCGAUGUGCCCCGUGUGCUCUGGAGCGACAUUGGCGGACAAGACGCGCUCAAGCAAUCGCUUCGUGAAGCAGUGGAAUGGCCGUUGCAACACCCGGAAGCUUUCACGCGUAUGGGCAUCCGUCCUCCAAAAGGUGUGCUUCUGUAUGGCCCUCCAGGCUGUAGUAAGACUCUGGCAGCAAAGGCUUUGGCCACUGAGAGCGGGAUGAACUUUAUUGCCAUCAAAGGCCCAGAGCUGUUCAGCAAAUGGGUCGGCGAGUCAGAGCAACAAGUACGUGAAGUGUUUCGAAAAGCACGCGCUGCUUCGCCAACUGUGGUGUUUUUCGACGAGAUCGAUGCACUUGCCAGUACUCGUGGAUCCGGAGGCAGUAGUGGCGCUUCCGAUCGCGUGUUGAGUCAGCUGCUGACUGAGCUGGAUGGACUCGAGCCACUGAAGCGUGUCCUAGUGGUGGCUGCGACGAACCGGCCCGAUCUUCUCGACUCAGCAUUGAUGCGGCCAGGUCGCAUCGACCGCGCACUCUACGUGUCCCCUCCAGACGUCCCUGCUCGUGAGCAGAUUCUGCGUAUCCACACGCGACGAACACCAUUGGCAUCGGACGUGAGCAUAGCGGAAUUGGCUAUUGCAACUGCUCAGUUUUCAGGUGCAGAGCUUCAAGCGCUCUGUCGUGAAGCUGCUCUCAACGCGGUCGAAGAAGAUCGAGCGGCCGUGCAUGUAGCAAAGCGGCAUUUUCUUCGAGCACUAUCUGUGGUAACGCCGCAGAUCGACGAGCGAAUGUUGGCCUUCUUUGAGCGGUUCCGUGAUGGCCGGCGGAGGUAG